GUAAGCGGAGUCGACCAUAUGUGGAGUUCAUGCUGGGAGGUCAGCCGCGGGUGCUGACUUACGACGGCUUCGCUCAGGCCAUGGGGCUCGACCCCACUCACAUGGAGAUGACGGAGAGGAAGUACACCGUCGACUUUCACUACCAGCUGCAUUUCGGGCCAUCUAUCGCCCUGAGCACCAGAACGACGAGUUUGAGGGUGGCCACACCAAUGCGGUGAAGCUUCAGACUCUAUGGAGGAUUCUGCACACCCUCCUGACAAAGUCCAUCAUCCCCAGCCUGCUAUCGGGUCACUUGAUCACCAACAGAGGGAUGAUUUCCCUCCACUCCAUGAAAACCCUGUCGAGCCACUUCAUAUGGGAGCUGUGAUUGCUACCACCUUCGCCAGGUUUCUGGGGCGGGACCGAGUGGGCACGAUGCAUUUGGGGGCAUCAUCACAGGAUGGUGCUGCACUUCGAUGUGGACGUGAUGGGAUGCUUAAUCAUUGGCCGGACCUAGCCAUUUCCAGUGGAGACAAUCUACAAUAUGAAGUAGUGCUUCAAAGAGAGCGAGGGAUCGAGUACCUUGACGGAAUUUGAUCUUAGGCCGUUCUAAGGCCGAUGGUCGACCCUGCUCCAGUGAAGCCUGAUCCCGUGGUCCCUCCUCCAGAACAGCCACCUGCUUGAGCUCCCGGCCACCGCCAGCGUGCCUCACUUCCACGACCUGCACCUCCAACACCAUCAUCAUCUUCUAGAGCUGGUUCUUCCACCUCUAGGGAUCAUCUAGUGGAGAGGAUGGAUAGCCACAAGAUUAACAUUGUGGGGGUCACCACUUGGCUCGACCGCGCCACAUAUUUAUUAGAGAUUAUGGCUUGAUGCCAGGGUGUCCUUCAGGAGGAUGAGCAGGGGCCUUCAACCCGUGAGAGAUAGCCGACGAGUGAGACAUGUGGCAGAGUCAGUUUAUUUCGUCCCAUUUCUCGACUUGGAACUCUGAACUCUUUGAUCUUUCAUUUUAUUUUUCUUUCCUUUUAUCCAGUGUGUGUGUGAACAAUUAGUACUACUAAUAUCGUAUUGUUAUAUGUAAUAACCUCCUCUCGAGUGAGAAUGUGUAUGUUUGUGUUUGCUUUUGUCUUCUCCUUGAAGCUCCAAUAUCCAACCCCAGAAUAAAUUCCUAAUUUCACU